AUGUGUGAACUUAUUGUGAACUGGCAUCAGGUUGAUCCAAAGGUGCGUAAGUUGGGGCUCUUCCUUGCUUGGGUGAUUUGGGGUGAAAGAAAUAAACUGAUUUUUCAAGAGCAAUCUACUCCCCUUCAUGUACUUGUGAACCGUGUACGUAGACUCACGGAGGACCAUGACAACUUUGGAGCCCGUAUUUAUUCGCACCUCCAGCUCAAAAACAUCCCCAGUUCUUCGAAAACAUGGGUGCCUCCUACUCAUGAUUUCGUGAAGAUCAACAUUGACGCUUCUGUCUCUGAGGUGUACUGGGUGGAGCUCGGAGAUGUAGCUCGUAAUUCCUCUGGGGAGGUCUUAUUCGUUGCCACCAUGCGUGUCAAAGCCUACUGGGCUCUCGAGGCGAAAGCCAUUGCUCGUGGGGUGAAGAUGAGUAUGCGGUAUGAGCUCUCGAAUCUUGUGGUAGAAUCGGAUUGCCAACUUGUGAUCAACUUUCUCUCGAAGAACACUCUUUUUCUCUCGGACUUAGACUUUGUCCUUCAUGACAUCGUACUAGUUUUUCUUUCUUGUCCUGGUCACAUGUUAAGAUAG